AUGGCUACCAGGCAAGCACAGAAAAGGCUGACCAAAGAAUACAAAUCUAUGGUGGAAAACCCACCUCCGUUUAUAAUGGCACAACCCAACGAGGACAAUAUCUUAGAGUGGCACUAUGUGAUUUCAGGGCCUCCAGAAACCCCUUAUCACGGUGGUCAGUACCAUGGGACACUUGUUUUUCCAUCAGAUUACCCGUUCAGGCCACCAGCGAUAAGGAUGGUGACGCCCAGCGGGCGGUUCAAAGAAGACACACGGCUAUGUCUGUCUAUGAGUGACUACCAUCCAGACACUUGGAAUCCAUCCUGGUCUGUUGCCACGAUUUUGACUGGGCUGCUGAGUUUCAUGACCGGAAACGAGAGCACCACAGGGGCGAUCACAACUACGCCAGACCAUAAGAAGAAGAUGGCAAGAGCCUCCAAAGAGUUCAAUGCCUACAAGAACGCACGUUUUAAAGCGGUAUUCCCAGACCUCGUCAAAGAAAAUAUUGCGUAUUUUGAAGAGCUGAAAAGGACAGGAGCGCAAAAUCUGGGUGACCAGGAUAGAGAUGUGCUGGAAGAGGCUGCUAAAGAACAAGCAAUCAACCUUUCGGAUAUUACUGAUCCAGAGGACAGAAUUAGAGUGGAGGAGGAGUUGUUAAAGCUUAAGAGGUCGCAAACGAGAAAGAAUGAGGCCAGCAGGUCCACGCUGUACAUUUUUUUUGCGAUUGCGCUUUUAGUCGUUGGCCUUAUCGUGAAAUAG